GGGUCCGUUGGGGCAGAACCAUGGAGGAAAAGCCUUUCAAAGCGUCUUUGGGCAGCUAUGGCUCAGACAAGUCGAGCCCAGACAACGACAUCCGGAAUCUGUGGACCAGGGCCACGCUGUCGCAGCCGAAGCUGAAUGUGCCGCGGUCCAGUGUCGGCGAGAACUCAGACAUGGAGGGCGGUGGCAUCGGCCGCAAGUCCCGCCGGUGGUACAACCAGAAGGCCGGCCGCGACUCAGACGGUGGUUGGGAAGAAUGGGAUGACGGAGAGGACAAGGGCAGUUUCAAACAGGAGGAUCUGAACGAGUCCUCCUUGUUGGAGCUGGAGCUGCGUCGGGCCAGCUCCCUGCGAAGCCGUUUAGGGGAGGACGUCGAUUCCGUGACCGACACCGAAAUGUCUUCCUCAGAGUCAUCGCUCAAUAUCUCGAAGCACACACCCCAUCGAGCCUACUGGAUGGAGCAGCAGAACAGGCUGCCACUGCCUCUGAUGGAACUCAUGGAGAAUGAAGCUCUGGAAAUCCUCACCAAAGCCCUCCGGAGCUACCGGUCAGGUAUUGGCCGGGACCACUUCCUGACCAAGCAGCUGCAGCGAUGCAUCGAGGGGCUCAAGAGGCGCCAGAGCAAGAGGCUGCACCUCUUGGUGCACUGA